GGGGGAGGGCCCGGGAGCCGCGCGUGCAGCUCUGCCAGAGCCCGAGCCCGGAGCCGCGAGCCCGGGAGCGCUGAGCCCGGCUGGGGGUCCCCCCACCGUCCAUGGAAUAGGCAUUCACCAUGGCUGAGCCCCGAGGUCCUGUAGACCAUGGAGUUCAGAUUCGCUUCAUCACAGAGCCAGAGGGUGCUACAGAGAAGUCCACACUACGCCGUGGUGCGCGACGCCCUGCUAAGGAUGCAAGAGCCAGUAGCUAUGGGGUUGCUGUACGUGUGCAGGGCAUCGCUGGACAGCCUUUUGUGGUGCUUAACAGUGGAGAUAAAGGGGGUGACUCCUUUGGGGUCCAAAUCAAGGGGGACAACAGCAAAGGAACCCCAGGAACUCUGAGCUCUGAUUCGGAACUCCCUGAAAACCCCUACUCUCAGGUCCAGGGGUCAUCUGCCCCCUCCCAGGGCAGCACGUCUGAUGAGGAGCUUGGGGCUCGUUGGAAUAGAAGACUGCUCCGUUCCCAGUCACAGGCUUCACUGGCAGGCCCGACCCUUAUGGGGCCUAACAAUAGGAGUUCCAGCUUGCUGGAGCUAGCCCCUCCAGAGCCUUCCCCAGGUAAUACCAUUGACACUGCUCCCCUGUCUUCAGUGGAUUCACUCAUCAGCAAGUUCAACCAUCAAGUGGGGGGUCAGGUCAGGGGUCGGACUGGUCGUCGCACACGGACCCUGCCACAUGAACAGCGGAAGCGGAGCCAGAGCCUGGACAGCCGGCCCCCACAAGACGCCCUUGUGGAACGGGAAUCACAGUCCACCAAACACUGGAUCCCUAGUAAGAAUGACAGCCCGGUGGACAAUUCAAAACAGCCACUGCCACUUCAGAGCAAGAGCCCUUUGGGUACUUUCAGCCGCUCCCGUCAGACUCAGGACUGGGUCCUUAAGAGUUUUGAGGAGCCACAGGAGAAAGCACAGGAUCCUGCUGUGCUGCAGUUGAAAUCAACUCCAGACCUUCUCCGAGAUCAGCAGGAGACAGCCCCACCAGACAGUAUGGACCAUGUGAAGGCCACCAUCUUUGGCAUUCUGAGGGAGGGGAGCUCGGAAAGUGAAGCUUCUGUGCGGAGGAAGGUUAGUUUGGUGCUGGAGCAGAUGCAGCCUCUCUCGAUGAUUGCUCCUGCUUCUAAUAAGACCCUGGCAGGGCAAGGCGAGCUCACCCGAAGAGUAGAGGAACUACAGAAAAAGCUGGAUGAAGAGAUGAAGAAGCGGCAGAGGCUAGAGCCAUCCCAGGUUGGGCUGGAGCGGCAACUGGAGGAGAAAGCAGAAGAGUGUAGCCGACUGCAGGAGCUCCUAGAAAGAAGGAAAGGGGAAGUCCAGCAGAGCACCAAAGAGCUCCAGAACAUGAAGCUCCUCCUGGACCAGGGUGAAAGGUUACGGCAUGGAUUGGAGACCCAGGUGAAGGAGCUACAGAACAAGCUAAAACAGGGCCAGAGCCCUGAGCCUGCUAAAGAGGUGCUUCUGAAGGACCUGGUAGAUACCCGGGAACUUCUAGAAGAAGUCUUAGAAGGGAAACAACGAGUAGAGGAGCAAUUGAGGCUGCGAGAACGGGAGCUGACCGCCCUGAAGGGGGCUCUGAAGGAGGAGGUGGCUUCGAGGGACCAAGAGGUGGAACAUGUCCGGCAGCAGUACCAAAGAGACACAGAGAAACUUCGCCGGAGCAUGCAGGAUGCAUCGCAGGACCAUGCAGCACUGGAGGCUGAGAGGCAGAAGAUGUCAACCCUGGUACUAGAACUUCAGAGGGAGCUAGAAGAGACUUCAGAGGAAACAGGGCAUUGGCAGAACAUGUUUCAGAAGAACAAAGAAGAGCUGAGAGCUACCAAGCAAGAACUCCUGCAGCUGCGCAUGGAGAAGGAGGAGAUAGAAGAGGAGCUUGGGGAGAAGAUAGAGGUCUUACAAAGGAACUUGGAUCAGUCUCGAGGUGGUGGUAGAGAUGCUCAACAAGUUGAGGAACUCAAGAAGGAGCUGCACCGGACAAAGGAGGAGGUUAAGGAGCUCCAGGCAGAACUACAGAGCCAGGAGAUGUCUGGGCGACACAGGGACCGGGAGCUGGAGAAGCAGCUGGUUGUCCUGAGGGUGGAGGCUGAUCGAGGCCGAGAACUGGAACAGCAGAACCUCCAGCUGCAGAAAACCAUCCAGCAACUGAGACUCGACUGUGAAGAGGCUUCCAAGGCCAAGCUGGCCGCCAAGGCAGAGGCUGAAAUGUUGGGGCAGCGACGGGCAGCAGUGGAGACCACGCUUCGGGAGACCCAGGAGGAAAAUGAUGAGUUCCGACGACACAUCCUGGGUCUGGAGCAGCAGCUAAAGGAGUCAAGAGGCCUGGCGGAGGGUGGGGAAGUGGUGGAGGCGCGACUUCGGGAGAAGGUGCAGCGGCUGGAGGCAGAGAAACAACGGCUACAAGAGGCACUAAAUGUAUCCCAGGAGGAGGAGGGGAGUCUGGCAGCUUCUAAGCGCGCACUGGAGAUCCGACUAGAUGAGGCCCAGCGGGGGCUGUUGCGCAUGGGGCAGGAACAGCAAGCCCUGAACCGGGCCCUGGAGGAAGAAGGGAAGCAGCGGGAGGCACUUCGCAGGAGCAAGGCAGAGUUGGAGGAGCAGAAGCGUUUGCUAGACAGGACUGUGGACAGACUCAACAAAGAGGAAAAAGUCUCCCGGCUGGAAGCAGAGUUAGAUGAAGAGAAGAACACGGUGGAGCUGCUAACUGACCGGGUGAAUCGUAGUCGGGACCAGAUGGAUCAGCUGAGGACAGAGCUCAUGCAGGAGAGGUCUACUCGGCAAGACUUGGAAUGUGACAAAAUCUCCUUGGAGAGACAGAACAAGGACUUGAAGACCCGGUUGGCCAGCACAGAAGGCCUCCAGAAGCCCAAUGCCAAUCUCUCCCAGCUUGAAUCUCAGAAUCAGUUGUUGCAAGAGAAGCUACAAGCUGAAGAGAGGGAGAAGACAGUUCUACAGUCCACCAACCGAAAACUGGAGAGGAGAGUUAAAGAGUUGACAAUCCAAAUUGAUGAUGAGCGGCAGCAUGUCAAUGACCAGAAAGAUCAGUUAAGCCUGAGGGUGAAGGCUUUGAAGCGGCAGGUGGAUGAAGCAGAAGAGGAAAUUGAGCGACUGGAUGGUUUGAGGAAGAAGGCACAGCGUGAGCUGGAGGAGCAGCAGGAGGUCAAUGAACAGCUCCAUACUCGGAUCAAAUCCCUGGAAAAGGACGCCUGGCGCAAAACUUCCCGCUCAGUGGCUGAGUCAGCCCUCAAGCACGAGGGACUGAGCUCUGAUGAGGAAUUUGACAGCGUCUACGACCCUUCAUCCAUCGCAUCAUUGCUUACAGAGAGCAACCUGCAGACCAGCUCCUGUUAGCUUGUAGUCUUCAGAGGUCCAGAAUCAGUCUUGAAGCCUAUCCAGACAGCCCUACUCUGCCUUACUUUGGUCUGAUUGCCAUGGAUUCCUCUUUCCUGUGGGUGAUCCUGUUAUUCAGACCUAAAACAGGGAGGGGAUCUGGGUGAAGUUGAUGGAUGGACUUGGCCUUUCCAGUGGAGGAGUAGGUAUUUUAGGCCUGCUGAGCUCUUCCUGUUGAUGCUGACUCCUUCUUCAUCUCCCUUAUUGUGGAAGAAUGGGCAACAGCAGAUUGAGGGGGACUGUGAAGGAUAAAAGAAGAUGGAAAUUGCCAUGUAUAUAAAGCUUUAUUUCUUUAGCCCUUAAUCCUACAGCUCAGGGAAAUACCCAAUGCUAUUCUGCUCCUUGGAUUCCCACAAUUUAUUUUCCUUCCAUUCUGGAGCAAGGUAAAGGGAACGUUAUGGGUAAUGAACACGCAGGCGUGGUUCUGCCCACUUCUUAUAUGCUUCUCUUUGCACAGUCAUGGGGGCCCAUAUGGUAGUCCCUACACAUCUCCAGUCCCUACAUUUUUGUCUUCUCUAAGCCAGUGGGACCAGGGGACCCUGCAUCCUGCUUCUUUCCCAUCUUGCUUCUUUCCUUUCAGUGCCUUAGCCAGGGUGAGGAGAUAAGGAUGCUCUUCUUGCCUUUUAUACCUACACAUUCAUACCUCUCCAAAGAUCAGCCUUCCCCCAACUGGGGUCCUCAGCCUGCCCUCUUUCCCCAGUGUCUGGUCCAGAGACUAUUCUGCCAAGGGGCUCCUGGGAGGGGGACUUUGGUAGAGCCAUGGUAAGGUGGUUCUGCUCAGGGUUUCCGUUUUUCCUUUUGUUAUUCUGGAUGUGGGUUAUAAGGAACUGCACCUGGGAACUCUAGCAACUGUCUAUACAGGUUUCAAAAGCCAAGGACUCGGUCUUUAUAGUCUUCCUUCUGGCUUCUCUGACCAGAUGUACCUAGCCUCAGUAGAAAACCAAUGGAGCCUCCUUUUCUCAGGAAUGGGUCCCAACUCAGGGCUUUGCCUAGAGUUGGAGCUGCCUCUGCAGAAAUAGGAAGAGGCAAUGGAGAAUUUACUUCUUCUUGGAUUUUAGGGCAAGUUAGGUCCGGAGGAGGGAGUAAGGGGGGAUUAUUAACCAUGUGUGUCCCAAGAAAGUUCUGUAGGGAACCUGCAGAAGAAGGCUCUUCUCAUCAAUGAUUUGUAAUUUCAUGAUUAAAAAAGAAAACCUAUAUUUCACAAAUCAGGCAUUUUCUCCCAUCUAAUCCAGCCUUGGUUUAAAUUAAAUAUUAAAAUUAUAUACCA